GUCGGCGCUUGUUAUCCCAGUCAUCUCCAGCUCGCAGUUCAGCCGUCCGCGGAAUAGGAGCUGGAUUGGAUAGCUGGAUGGACAUCCUGACGGUUUCAAAGGGAAAGGCAUGCACAAUCCAGCAGAAUAUUGCCAUAUUACUGUUCCCCCCUCAUACGAAGACCUCGAGGAUGAGAAAUACCGACCGUUCCCUCCUCCCGUAUCCUCGCUUUUUGCACAGUUACCAAGGAAACGGACCACCACAUCAGGCAGGAGCGCUGAAGACGAUGCUGAUGAGAAGAUUGGGGGCUUCCUCCUCUCACAAAUGGAAGAAGAGCCUAUGAUUUCAUGGAGAGAACCUCAGACUGAUCUGGACAUUGAAAAACUUUUGUCUGAGAAGGGCCUUUCUGCUCUGUGGGAUGUUCUCUGUAACACGACUUUUAAAGGACAAGGCUUUGAGGUGGAAAACCUGCAUACUCUCCUGGGAGAAGUGGAACACUGGGCCUGUCAGCUGUAUCCCCAACAUACAUUUGAUGAGCUCGUCUCUCAGUUAGAGAACUUGGGCGACCACUCAGCCAUACUGGGCCGCGUGAGAAGUUUGCACCAGGAGACGCCACCGUCCAACUUCACCCAGCCUGGAAGUGUUGACCUAGAGGAGGCAUCACCACUCAAAGACAAAUUCUCGGAGCAAAGAAAAUGCCUGAUAAGGAGUCUCAUGUAGGAGGAGGUGUGGUGAGAACUCAGGAUCUUUUAUCUACAGGAUGAGGAGUGUCGCACCGCAGAGAUGUUGGAUGUUGUGACCUUUUUGGGGGGGAUGUAUGCAUUUUUCAAACAUAUACUUCACUUGUCACAUGCUUUUUAUGCUGGAGCUCACCCCUCUCUCGCUGGCAGUUUAUAAUGUGUCUGCUGUCUAGGGGAAAACAGUUAAUUGGCAUGAACUGCAGUCAGAUUAAAUGGGUCAUCUCAGCCAUUGAAAUCAAAUUGAUUUUAAACACCCUCUGUAAAUCCAUGUAUGUCUUUAUGUGGUGCACUGUCCUGUCUAAGACAUUAACAAAUAACAUUUAAUUUGACAAACUGAGCAGACACAUUUUGAAGGAGAAAUUAGAAAAUGGUUAUGCUGGUUUCUGAGUGGAUUGUGUGGUAUUACAUUUAUUAA